UCGCCAAGCAAUAACCAGUUGCCAUUCGCCCCGAACGCAGAUCUCUACAGCGGUCACCCCAUAAAAAGGACAGCCAACGAUCAUCAUGGCCGAAUAUUAUUAUUUCGACAUUAAACUGAAACUCCGCGACCCAGAUGCCGUUGUUUUAACCCCAGCUUUAUUCCGAGGCUGUGUUUUAGAAGCAUUGGAUAGUUUUUUCUGUGAAGAAAAGCCCACUUUGGAGAUUGUUAAGUUCUGUGCUCUGCAGCAACGAGUUGUUUUUCGAGUUCCUGAAGAGCUGUUCAAUAUGACUCGUAAUUCCCUCGAACUAAUAGGUCAUUAUCAACAAACACCUUGCCAUUUCCAGGUCCUGCAUACCUCCAAAUCAAUUUUAGAUUUUGAAAAAGACAUCGAGAAGAAUUUUGUAGGCCCAAAAAAUAAUGAAGAAUAGUUCUCGAAUGCCUAAUAAACUCGGAGAUCUACAAUAA